AUGGACAAAGAAACGUAUGACAGUCUUCCACUCACGAGAUGGCUAGACAAGUCAGGCAAACCGAUAGAAGAUCAUCCCGAAUACUCAGAAGAGGCCCAAAAGCAAACAACCUUGAAGAAGAAACGAGGGAUACCGAUAGAGAUAAUGCUCAAGUCAAAGAUCGUGAGAGAGACGCUCAAGGCAAAUUGUUAUGAUCUCAACCAGGUGGAAACGGGAGAUACUCAGGUAGAUGAAGACUUGUGGAGAUUACUUAAGAAACUGGCAGAUGAUAAACCCGUGAACGUAGGAAAGGGUAGGGAGGAACCGGAAGUCACGAUACUGCGAAGGAGUGAAACAGUUGGCAAUGCAGACUCUCCAAGAGGAAGCGUUACUGAUGGCAAAGAAGUCGUGCGGUCACUGGUUGACAAAAUCCCUGAUAACAUUCUUGAGCGGACUCAGGUUAGGAAGAAGAAAGUGGCGUUUAAGGAAGAAGCUGAACACCUGGGACUAGGUCAAGAGUCCGGGGGAGUGGUCCACGUCCACGGAAGAAGAGAAACCGGAGAAGAGAAAUUGUCGGGGGAGUGUGAAGAAUGGGAUGAAGAUUCGGAAAAGAGCAGCGAUGAUCAGGAUAGUCUAUGCAUGAUACUGGCAGAGGAGAAGAUGAGACACCGCGACAGGGAGUUACAAACAGAUCCCUCCUCAGGAACGUACAACUCGGAUGAACAAGAAGUACAAGGAGAUGAAGAACUUGAGAAAAUUGCGGUAUCGAAGAAACCAUUCAGGGAACUAUCAUGCAACUCAAAUGUCAGAACAAAUCUGGAGCCAGAAGAUGAUAAGAAGAUUGUGAAGAGGAUAAUAUGCGUAAAGCUGAAUGAUGACAUCCACAACCCUGGGGAAAUGAAUGGACAGAUCAUGGCACUAAAGGAACAUGAAGACUACUCGACACCAGAACGGGAGACAGAUUUGGAACAGAUUGAGAUAGAGAGGAGGGAGAAUACGAACUUGAAGAUAUUAGAAUGGAUGCGCGAUGUCAAGAACGGAAGCGGCGAAGGACAAAGCAUACAACAAGUUGACGUAUCAGCGGGAAAGCACGGGAGUUCCCACUACCAAUCAGACCAUCUCAGACCAUCAGCAAGAUCAGCGGGCCAGAGCACGAGUAAGACACCCUCUAUGACGCGAGCGCAGCAAACGGAAGAGGCGUAUCCGGACCUCAGUAGUCUGAAAAGAGAACUUGAGAGGACACAGAGGGAGAGGAACAAGGCGAACCUCGACCGGGAUCAAGCGAAGCUCGAGAGAGAUCAGGCGAAUCUGGAGAGAGAUCAGGCGGUCAUUGAAAAGGACCAAGCGCGGAGGGAACUCGAUAUGCUGAAGGCCGAGCACCAGCAAGAACAAAGGGUGCGAGAGAAUGCCGCGAAUUGUGAACAGCUGAAGUCGGAACUUGAGAGAAUCCAGCGGCGACAGCGCGAGCUCGACAUGCAAAAGGGAGCCAGGCCCAAGGAGCGAACGGCCGCCGGUUCAAGACCAGAGUCGCGUAUGGAGGUGGAUGAACCUCCCAGAUCGAAGGGACGGUUUAACCUGACCGCGCGGCUCAGGAACACAUGA